GUGAUGGUAAAAUGGCCGCGUCGGUAGAGGAACUGUCAUCGGGACAAUAAAGAAAACGUAACAACGCACCGUGAAGGGAGGUUGCUAAUCGAGGGUUUUAUGUUGUCUGUAGACGUGAAAAAUUUCAACAAUUUAGAGCUGCAUAAAAGAGGAUCAGAUUAAGGGUCUGUUUACACAAAGAAACAGGUGAUCAGAGGUGUAGUCAAAAUACUGCAUUUGUGGGGCAAUUGCAUUGCAAAUGGCCACUGUCACAGCCCACAGCUUGUUAACGUAUAUUGAAGAAGAGAAUGUCACUGCUUUCAAGGCAUUGCUGGAGAAGUACAAAGACGUGGAUGAAAGAAAUGAGAGCGGGCAAACUCCAUUAAUGCUGGCGGCAGAGCAAGGAAAUUUGGAGAUAGUACAAGAAUUGCUCAAGAAAGGAGCAAACUGUAACCUGGAAGAUGUUGAUAACUGGACAGCUCUUAUUUCGGCUGCAAAAGAAGGACAUCUAGAAAUUGUGAGCGAACUUAUUAACUUCAAUGCUAACCUGGAGCACAGAGAUAUGGGUGGCUGGACUUCCCUUAUGUGGGCAGCAUACAAAGGUCAUAUAGAAAUUUCAAAGCUGCUACUUGAGAAAGGUGCAAACCCGAAUAUUACUGGACAGUAUAGUGUUACCCUAUCAUUUGGGCAGGCUGGACGAGGACAUCAUGAAAUUGUUAAACCUCUGCAGCAUGGUGCCAAAGUCAACUGUUCUGACAAAUAUGGAACAACUCCAUUGAUCUGGGCUGCCAGAAAGGGUCAUCUCGAAUGUGUGAAGCAUUUGUUGGAAAUGGGUGCGGAUGUUGAUCAAGAAGGAGCAAACUCCAUGACAGCUUUAAUAGUGGCUGUUAAAGGUGGCUACACUGAAGAAGUGAAGGAAUUGCUAAAUCGUAAUCCAAAUGUCAAUUUGACUGAUAAAGAUGGAAAUACAGCUUUGAUGAUUGCUGCGAAGGAAGGUCACAUUGAGAUUGUUCAGGAUCUGUUAGAUGCUGGCACUUACGUCAACAUCCCUGACCGGAGUGGUGAUACCGUACUAAUUGGUGCUGUUAAAGGUGGCCAUGUGGAGAUUGUGAGGGCUCUACUGCAGAAAUAUGCUGACAUAGAUAUAAAAGGAACGGAUAAUAAAACUGCUCUCUACUGGGCUGUGGAGAAAGGAAAUGCAACCAUAGUAAGAGAUAUUCUUCAGUGCAAUCCUGACACAGAAAUCUGUAUUAAGGAUGGUGAGACACCUCUCAUUAAAGCAACUAAAAUGCGAAAUAUUGAGAUAGUUGAACUUUUAUUGGACAAAGGUGCUAAAGUCUCUGCAGUAGAUAAGAAAGGAGACACUCCACUUCAUAUAGCAAUCCGUGGACGAAGCAGGAAAUUGGCAGAAUUGCUCUUGAGAAACCCUAAAGAUGGACGUCUUCUAUACCGACCGAACAAAGCAGGCGAAACACCAUACAACAUAGAUUGCAGCCAUCAGAAAAGCAUUUUGACCCAGAUAUUUGGAGCAAGACAUCUCUCGCCUUCCGAGACAGAUGGGGAUAUGCUUGGUUAUGAUCUAUAUAGCAGUGCACUGGCAGACAUCCUAAGUGAACCAACUAUGCAGCCACCUAUUUGUGUUGGACUUUAUGCACAAUGGGGAAGUGGAAAAUCAUUUCUUCUGAAAAAGCUUGAAGAUGAAAUGAAGACUUUUGCUGGGCAGCAGGUGGAGCCCCUUUUCCAGUUCUCUUGGCUGGUGGUAUUCAUUACACUCUUGAUCUCUGUGGGAAUGGGUGUAUUACUUGGCUUUGCAGUUGAUCUGAAGCUUGGUAUAGCAGUUGGAUUGAGUCUACUGGCACUUAUUUACAUCAUUUUUGCAAUUAUUUACUUUGGUGGUCGGCAAGAAGGAGAAAAUUGGAAUUGGGCCUGGGUAUUGAGUACUAAGCUUGCACGGCAAAUUAGCUAUUUGGAGCUGCUACUUAAACUGAUGUUUGUAAACCCACCAGAACUACCAGAACAGACUUCCAGAGCCUUGCCUGUCAGGUUUCUGUUUACAGAUUACAACAGAUUGUCUAGUGUUGGUGGGGAAACAUCUAUGGCUGAGAUGAUUGCAACUCUUUCUGAUGCUUGUGAAAAAGAGUUUGGUUUUCUGGCAACGAGACUUUUCAGAGUGUUCAAAACUGAAGAUACGCAAGGAAAAAAAGGAGUGAAGAAAUGGAAAAAGACCUGUUGUAUCCCAUCAUUUAUCAUCUUUAUUUUUAUCUUGGGUUGCUUUGUUGCUGGCGUCUUGCUUCUGGCUGUUUUCAAGGCAGAUGAGGAACAGCUGACAGUUAAUGCCAUUCUGAUAUCUAUUGUUUGCAUCAUUGGUCUGGCACUAGUUUUGAACUGCCAUACGUGGUGGCAGGUGCUAGAUUCUGUCCUUCACUCUCAAAGAAAGCGAGUUUUACUUGCGGCUUCAAAACUUCACAAACUAAAGCCUGAAGGUUUUAUGAAAGUUCUAAAGAAUGAAGUGGAACUCAUGGCCCGGAUGGCCAAGUCAAUUGAUGGCUUUACUCAGAAUCAAACGCGACUUGUGGUUGUUAUUGAUGGAUUGGAUGCUUGUGAGCAAGAUAAAGUCCUGCAGAUGCUAGACACUGUGCGUGUUCUGUUUUCAAAAGGUCCCUUUAUCGCUAUUUUUGCGAGUGAUCCCCAUAUAAUCAUAAAAGCUAUCAAUCAAAAUCUGAACAGUGUUUUAAGAGACUCUAAUAUAAAUGGGCAUGACUACAUGCGGAAUAUAGUCCAUCUGCCUGUUUAUCUUAACAGCCGUGGGCUUAGUGCAAAGAAGGUUUAUGCAGCAGUGCCAUCUAAUGGAGAUGUUGGAAACUCAGAUUAUGCAAGCUGGCAUGAAGAUAAUGAUCGAAAACUUUCACAGCACAGCUUAGGGGAAUUGACCAAACUUGGUAGUAAAACGGCUCUGAAUCGAAGGGAUACAUAUCGUCGUCGACAGAUGCAGCGUCAAGUUACAAGGCAAAUGUCAUUUGAUCUAACAAAGCUUUUGGUUACUGAAGACUGGUUCAGUGACAUUAGUCCUCAGACUAUGAGGCGAUUGCUCAACAUUGUUUCAGUAACAGGACGUUUACUAAGGGCAAACCAAAUUAGUUUCAACUGGGAUCGGCUUGCCUCUUGGAUAAACCUCACAGAACAAUGGCCAUACAGGACCUCUUGGCUUAUUCUUUACCUGGAAGAGACUGACAGUGUUCCAGAUCAUCUCACCUUGAAAAACAUUUAUGAAAGGAUUUCCAAAAACAUACCAACUACCAAAGAUGUGGAGCCACUUCUAGAAAUUGACAGUGAUAUUCGUAGCUUUGAAGUAUUCCUAUCUUCGAGAAUGCCUAUUCUUUCAGCACGAGAUGUAAAAACAUUUCUACCGUGCACAGUGAAUUUGGAUCCUAAACUGCGUGAAAUUAUUGCAGAUAUCCGAGCAGCUAGGGAUCAGAUGUCCACAGUGAAUAUCACAGGAAUUCCUUUUCCUUCACUACCUUUGCAGGAAGCUCCGCCUCGGACUGUGUUUAGCCAGGCACCGUCAGUCUGCUCCUCUUCCACUUCAUUCAAUGGUAAUGUAAUGUCACCACAACAUCCUAGCAGCUUUUAUAGUGGCAUGGUGGGCCAACAGCAUCCAUUUUAUAACCGGCCAUAUUUUGCCCCUCAUAUUUGUUACCUGCCAAGGCAAUACUUUGGCAGUUUGCAGCAUCCCAUCUCACGUUCAUCAACCAAAUCCAGUUUCUCAAGGGAACAGAACAGUAAUCUAGAGGUGAUCGAGGAGGCUGCUGAUGAGGGGCUUCCUUCCCCCACAGACACCUCACUGCUUAAAUUAAAGCAGGUGGCCAAUUCUAUUGCAGCAGCUUGUGCUACUGCUCCACUCAGUUCAAUGAAUGUGGAUGCUAUUUGUGAAAAACUUAGACAAUUGGAAGGAAUUGACCAAGCCAUGCUGGUUCAGUACAUUUGCACUAUCAAAAAGGCAAACAUUAAUGGAAGAGUGUUAGUUCAGUGCAAUCUGGAUGAACUGAAGAAAGAAUUAAGUAUGAAUUUUGGUGACUGGCAACUUUUUAGAAAUAUGGUGUUUGAGAUGCGUCAUUUGGAUACUCAGGUACUUCAAGAGGAAAUGAGAGCUGCUGGUGAAAAUGUUCCAGCACAAGCUGAUCGCUCCAGUCUUCAUGCAACAAACAGUGAUUAUGCAGGAAACUCCGAAAUUCCUGGACAUUCCCCGCAGGAAACCUUCAGCUUAAGUUUCAGCUUUGAGGAGCUGAGAGCAGUUGAUGUUGAAGAACCAGUAAGACACUCCAAUUCUGGUUGGCAGACUCAAAGGACGCCAAGUCUUUCAAGUAUCAACUCUCUGGAAUCUUCUAAUGGUCUCUCCAGGCUCACAGAUAAGCAGCAGGCUGAGUACAGAGAUGCCUACAAAGAAUACAUUGCACAGAUGGCACAGUUAGAUGGUCCAUCUAGCUCCACAGCUGCCAUCACUGAUGAAUCUUAUCACUCUACAUCCCAUGGUGCUGGUCAUUUUUUUAUGGGGAAAAGCCUAACAACCUUUCAAUCUAGUUCAGAACAAGAUGGUGAACAGAAACAAAACGAUGACAAAAAAUCCUUUACAGGCAAAAGAGAAACCAUUUCACGUGCAGGUAAGUCUUCUGCAGGUGAUUAUGGUGAUUAUGCAUCAUCUACAGUUUCUACGGCUGAUGCGUCACUAUUGGAUCCCAUUACUGAAGAGGAUGAAAAGCCAGAUCCCUCGACAACUAAGCUAAUCUCUAGAAAGGAAUCUUCAGACAGAGUGAAUAUCUUCCAGGGACCCGAUUUAACAGUUAAGGGCUUACACUAUCGGAAACUGCCCAGCGAAGAAGAUGAAUCGGGUCAAGAAGAAGCAGAUUAUACACCACUGCUUAAAGAUGGAACAACAAAAGAGAAAAAUGAAAAACAGACCAAUUCCACUGAUCACGGAAAUGCUGCUAUCAAAUCCCUGAUCAAGUCAAAGGAAUAUCUUUCUGAUGCUAUGCUUGACAAAAAGGAUUCAUCAGACUCUGGGGUUAGAUCCAGUGAGAGUUCACCAAACCACUCACUCCGUGAUGAAACAGAAGACAGCCAGCUGGAGAAAACAAAUUUGAUUGAGUUGGAAGAUGAUCCAUCCAAAGAUAAGCGAGGUAUUCCAAACAGUCUAAGUGGCCUACAAGACCCAAGUGUUGCUCGUAUGUCUAUCUGUUCUGAGGAUAAGAAGAGCCCCACGGGUUCAACCUCUGAAUGCAGUCUGUUAGCCAGUAGUCCUGAGGAAAACUGGCCUUUAUCUCACAAAGCAUUUAAUGUAACCAACAUGAACAGAACAGCAAGCACAGAGACCCUGAAUAACAACAGCAAUACUUCUAGGCUGCAGAAUGCAGAUGAAGGUGAGACAAAAGAAUUUUUGGAAACAGCCGGUGACCCUGAGCACUUGGGAAAAAAUGCAUCUCGAAUUGUCCAUCCUACACCAGGCUCUGCAAUGAGCAAAGAGCCAGUCCAGAAUGAUAUGUAUGCAGCUUCAUUCAAGAAUGACAACCUUCGAGGGCUAGGUAUGAAGCGGUGCCUUGCUUCCAAAGUUCCUUCAAAUUUUAUUAAGCACACAAAGAGCAGCACCUCAUCUGAGCUACAUGUAGUUGGUCCCGGUGAUUCCUAUGGCGAAGAACGGGAGAGCAUCCUGUAAAAGAAACAAAGUGAUCUGUCAAAAAUCCAAGUUUGAUAAAUGGAAAUUCAUUUCUUGCAUUGUUAAGAAUUCCACGUUUGACUUUUAUUUUUCAUAAUGCACUUUCCUUGGUUUGUUUUAGAACAUACCUCAAAUCAAGUACUAGAUUAAUUCUAUCAAGGAAGUAUUAUGUGUAGUGGUAAUAUAUGACAGUAAUACUGUUUACUGUUUGUGUGUUUAAAAAAAGAAAUUGUUGUGAUUCUGAGUUAAACUGAUAUCUUGUGAUUGUAAAGCUAGUAUUUCUCGUAAUGUCAGUUUGAAGUGUCAAUGUGGUCAGUAUUUAUUGCCAUGUGUUUUUCAAAUAUAUAUGAAAAUUAGCUUUACAGUCGUAACUUGUAUUGGUUGUAUGAAUCAUCUUGAUUUUAGAUGUAUGCCACAGUUGAGCAGUAUCUGUGAUUUGUGCUUUUUGACAGUCAAGGUUAAAUAAUUUUUGUUUUUGUCAGAAAAGAUAGUAAUGUAAUAUUUCAUUGUUUGGUGUCAAAAUUCCCUGCUAUGUUGGUUUGUAUUUAUGUGAUCUUAAAAGCUGUUGUCUUUUGUGCAUAUGUUGAAAUAAAUAGUUGUA